GCCUCCUAGCAGUAGACAUUGCGUGGCAUUCGAGGUACGAAGAGAGAUCUACGAAGAUGUUCAAACUGAAGUUCUUUAUUCUCUUCGUACUCGCUGGAUUAUGUUUCGGCGAUCCAAGUGCCAGUGAGACCGUAGGAGAUUCUUCUGGGAAAAGAGAUUCUUCCGAUACUGAAAAGGAGGAAAAAGACACUGAAACGACUAAUGGCCAAAAGCCAGAUGAUAAAGAUAAUGAAGCCCAAGCAUCGGACAACCAGAAUGAUGAGGCACAAACAUCGGAGGACCAGAAAAAUAAAGAAGAAAAACAAUUAGGCGUCCAUUUGCCAAGCUUCAUCGGUUCUGACGAGGACAAGGUAUCCUAUAUGAAUCAGCUACUCUCUGCGUGCCCUAAAGACAGUCCUUACAAGAUUAACAAAGAAAAUAUAACGUUCGAAAACUGCACCUUCGUGUGUAUAAGUGAUGGUGCGACCACAUCAAAUAAAGAAGAACGAAUCCCAACAGGCCUGCUUUGCAACAGUGGCGGAAAGAAAUGCCCCGACGAAGGGCCCUGCCCAAAACUCCAAUUCCCAAGCUGCUAAAGGACGGAGAAUGCCCAGUUGUCUUUUUACAGGGCCACUAAAUAAAAUCAUGUUCCAAAU